AUGCAGCGGGGGGUCUCCAAGCAGCGCUCGGUCUCCUCCUCCUCGGGCUCCUUCCAGGCUCCGCCGCCGCCUCCCCCCGCCGCCGACCUCCAGCCGCUCUUUCUGGGCGGCGGCGGCGGCGUCAGCAGCUCCUCCAGCGGCAGCAGCAGCUCGAGCGGCGGCUCCCGGCGGGGCAGGCGGGGCUCAGAGGAGGAGGAGGAAGGCGAGGAAGCCAAGCCGCUCGUGCCGGCGGCGCCGGAGCCCCCCGCCGCCGCGCCCGCCGCCUGCGCCUCGCCGGCCUCCAGCGGCGCCUCCGGCCUGGGCGGCGGCAUGACGGCUGGGGAGGCCUUCGGGGCGGCGGCGGGCGGCGGGCCGGCCUGGGCGGCGAGCGGCGGCCCCCGCUGGGGCUACAAGGCGCUGUCCCUGGUGCUGCUGCUGGGCCAGGGCGCGCUGCUGGACCUCUACCUGAUCGCCGUCACCGACCUCUACUGGUGCAGCUGGAUCGCCACCGACCUGGUGCUGGCCGCCGGCUGGGGCAUCUUCUUCUGCCGCAACAGCCGCGCCCGCCGCCGGGAGCGCCCGCCCGGGGCCGCCGGGCACCCCCUGCCGCCGCCGCCGCCCCUGCACCCCCUGCUGGGCCACCCGCCGCACGGGGGCCGCGGCGGCGGCGGCGGCGCGGGCAAGGCCGGCGGGGCGGCGCGGCGCGGCGGGGACUUCGCCUACGCGCACCUGGCCUGGCUGAUCUACGCCAUCGCCUUCACGCCCAAGGCGGCGCUCAUCCUGGGCACGUCCAUCCUGGAGCUGGUGGAGCUGCGCCUGCCGCUGGGCGCCACCGGCUUCCGCGUCACGCUGGCGCUCUCGGCCCCGCUGCUCUACUGCCUGCUGCGCGCCAUCGGCGCCGACGCCUCCCCCGGCCGCCUGCUGCUGCCGCCCCAGCCGCGCGCCGCCGCCGCCGCCUUCCUGGCCACCUGCCUCGACCUGCUGGACAGCUUCACGCUGCUGGAGCUGCUGCUGCUGCCGCCCGGCCGGCCGGCCCUGGCGCUGCCGCCGCCGCUGCGCUACCUGCUGCUGGCCGUCUACUUCCUCUGCCUGGCCUCGCCCGUCCUCUGGCUCUACGAGCUCAGCGCCCCGCGGCCGCCCGGCGCCGCCCGCCUGGCCCUGCACUGGCUGCUGCCCGCCGGCCUGCUGGACGCGCCGCUGCUGGCCCUGCGCUGCCUGCUGCUGGUGCGCUACCAGCAGCCGCUCUCCGUCUUCAUGCUCAAGAACCUCUUCUUCCUGGCCUGCCGCGCCCUCGAGGCCCUGGAGGCCUGCUGCCUGCUGCGCGCCGCCGCCGGGCCCCGGGCCAAGACCAAGAGCGCGCCCGACCCCGCCGCCGGGCCCGCGCCCGGCCAGCUCAGCCACUGCGUCUCCGAGAACGACAUGGGGCCUCACGGCUAUGUCAACACCCUGGCCGUCACGGCGCAGAGCUGA